UAUCGUUAAGUGUGACAAAAUUGAAUACAUGAUAAUUUGUUGUAUUAUUACGUAUUUUAUACCAAAUGGCCCAAUGUUUAAUGGUCGUAACCAAAUCGAUGUGACGUAUCAUGGAUAUUAACCUAAAGAGAACUUCUCUGCCUCUUUUUGUUCAGCUAUUUAGUGGGAUGAAAGGUGGCGUUCAGCUGAUACGAAACACAAUAAGUGUGUGGAUAAUUGUUUUGAUUGUGUUGACUUGUAUUAAUUGGAGUACUGCGCUCAAAACGUUGCCAUGUGAUUUUUUCGAUUCAAACAAUAUCACCAGCGGCAUACGACAGUCGGAUGAUAGUAUCUUUUUUGAUGGCGUCAUCUAUCCCGAAGAUCAAUAUGCAACCGUAGAUUACGUAUUGAACAAAGGUCGAAGCACCGAUGCUAAACCACAUAUUCGUGGGUGUAUUUGUAACAUUCAAUCAUGUCUUCGACUUUGCUGUCCACUUGGAUCGAUACAUAAUAUGGAGAAUGGAACCAUGGUGUGUCGUGAACAUGAAGCGGCCAAGAAUUUUGAAGGCGAAGUCCUGCAUGCAAAUAACGAAACCGAUGUUGUAACUUUGGACGAUCACUUUGCGUAUGUCCAUGGUCAUCCGUGCAAAAAAAUGUAUAUGGAAGACGACUAUCAAAUAGUACACAACGGAGACAUUUUGAUUAACAAUGAUACUUUAUCAAGUCAAAAAUAUUGUUUUCACGGCAAGUACAAUAAGGCAACAGAUAAAGUUGAUUUGAAAUUACUCAUUUGUUUGGAAGUGCCCGAAUCGCAUCCUCGAUAUGCUAUUUUAGCUACCUGUAUGUUGAUAUCGGUGCUAUUUAUCAUCGCCACAUUAUUGGUCUACGCAUUUGUGCCGAAAUUGCAAAAUUUACAAGGAAAAUGUCUGAUUUGCUACUUAAUUUGUCUGGCAAUUGGCUACACAUUAAUGGCUUACAUACAGCUCAAUGGUUUCAAUUAUGUUCAACCACAUAUUUGUCAUCCGAUUGGAUUCACAAUGCUAUUUGGAUUCCUUUCAGCUUUCUGCUGGUUGAAUGUGUUGAAUUUUGACUUUUGGCUAAAUUUCCAAUCUAAUAUUCGAUUCAAACAAUUUAAUGAGAGAAAACAAUUCGGGAUAUAUGCCUUAUAUGGAUUUGGGAUUCCGUUUCUUCUAACCUUUUUAGUGUUUGUUCUUGACAAUAUCAAAACAUUGCCUUUGAUACUGCGACCAGGAAUCGGAGAUCGAAACUGUUUCCUAACAAAUAUAUUUUGGUAUUUCUACGUACCGAUCGGUAUCUUUUUCAUCAUUAAUAUUGUAUUCUUCGUGUUGAUCGCAUUACAAAUUCGGCAGCUACAACGAGAACUGGCCAUAAGAAGAUCACAAGAAGGUACACCACAAAGGCAGAGAUCAUUACAAAACAAGAGAGAAAAGUUCACUCUUUUCUUGCGACUCUUUUUUGUCAUGGGUAUUAGUUGGUGCAUGGAAGUCGUAUCGUAUUUGAUCGAUUCCAACAGUCCGUAUUUCCUGCUCACCGACAUUUGCAACACUCUGCAAGGAGUAUUCAUUUUCAUUCUGUUCGUUUGUAACCGUCGAGUGCUUAGAUUUAUCAAGGAAAGAUGGUUGAGCUUGCGUAACCAAUCUGUUCCGAAUGAAGAGAACGCAUCGAAUAGUGCCUCAGCCAGUUAUGUGCGACUUAAUCAAAUGACAUCAGUAAAGUAGUGAAUGAACAUGGGAUUAGAAUUUAUCAAGAUAUUGUUUAUAGAGAUCUAUGAAGAUUUAUGAGAUCUUUUUAGUGUGAUACGAUCGAUAGAACGAAAAGAGACACCUUUUCGAUUAAUCUCUCUAGAGAUUAACGAGAUAGAGAUCUGUUUUCAAAUACGUUUAAUUUGAAUAUUUAAAUCAUAUUCCAAUAAGCGCUGCAAAUAACAUGAAUAUUCAAAAGUGCAAUCUCAUCGCUCCAAUAUGUUAAUCGCUGAUUCGACGUCAUGUCACGAUGUGUCGUGACAUCAUUUCGUUCUAGUGUUAUUUAUUUAUACGUGUAAAAUUAGUUUUACCUGCAAAAAACCAACGACAAAUUCAGUUGUUUAAUUUAUAAAAGUGUUUAUUUUUGAUAAUUAGAAAUAAUAAUUGUACCCAUAUGUUUUCUGUGCGGUGGAACGAAGCCCGCCGCGUUGCACAGGCGAGAUAUUGCACAC